AGUGAUCGGGCGAGCGCGGCGCUCGAGCGUGACCGCCUCCCCGGUCUAUCCGCGUGAAUGACUCCGUCGCCCGGGAUCAUAAAUCAAGCUCGUGUUUACAGUUUUUGCGGGGCUCUAAACUCGUCAAGCCGCCUCAGAGACAAAGGGGAGCGCGCGAGGCGCUGGUCGGGCUCGCGCGGAUCGUGGCGCUCGCCAGUGAGUUAUGGCUAAGUGCAUUCGAGCCGUGCACCGCGCGCCACACGUACCUAAUGUACGCGCUUAUGUAUAGCUAUAUACGCGACGAAGGCUGCGAAUACGUUCCGAUUCAAACAAAGCAUUUUUGCCCACAAAUUCAUACUAGUAGCCUCGCACGGACUACGUUCGUGUCCUUUGUGAAACAACGCACGGUCGUGUCUCGGGGGUGAUGUCAUGUGCUCCGCCUCGGAUUGGGAACAUCUGUGCUUGUCAAUUGUUCAUAUGGGUCUGCAUUUUUAGGUUAGGUCGCGAGCUAAGCCCUACUCCAGUUAGUGAAACACCUCGGGACUCCAAUAUCGUGUUCGGAAGCACCUGAAAACGUUGUGGUGUUUGUUUUGAGUGUGUAGUGUUUAUAUCAGUGUCACAGUGAGCAUGAAUAGUGAGUGUGCUAUUUGUGCACUCUGCGUGCGUAUCGUAUCGCCUGAGCUAUUAAAUCCAGUCAUUUCAAGUUAAUAGCUCCUUAAUUAAUUUCAAGUAUAGUGCACUGUGUUAUUGAGGACUGGAGGUGAACAGUGUGACGAGCAGUAAAUGCAAGCAGCAGUCAGCGUCAAUGAUCAGGGAGGAGGGCGAUGAUAAGCCCAAACCGCCCGAGAGCCAGGACGACGGGUACGAGACGAGUAACAGCGGCGAGGCGGCGCGCCGGAAGCCCUCCAGCGCGGAGGGUUCGCCCGCGCCGCCGGCCGAACCUUCCCCGCCGCCCGACCCGCCCUACGAACCAAUGAUGCGGUACCCGCAACCUGAGCCAGAACCCUACAGGCACUUCGAGCAGCCAGCUCCGCCCCUGGCCCAGCCUGAGCCGCAAUACUUCCCCUUCCCUAAGUACAACGAGCCCUAUUCGUUCAAACGUGAUGACAUGCCGUACGACAUGAGCCAGCACCACCAAGCCCAUCAGCACCAGCCCCACCAGCCGCAUCCCCAGUACGCGCCACCGCAAAAACGCGACGACGAUAUUUAUAAUGGCAUCAAGAGAGAGUGCGAAGAUCCGUACUCGUUCGUCGAAGAAGAAACGAUGUGCGCGAUGCUCCAGCAGCCCCAGCAUCACCUGCAACAGAUGCAUCCCGAUCACCAUCCGCACAUGAUGCACCCCCAGCAAAUGCUGCUCAACCAGCCCAAGAAGAGAGGCAGAAAGAAGAAGAUUAAAGACGAGAAUGGUAUGGAGAUUAAAGUGGAGCCGGGCAUGGAAGGCGCAUUAGUUCCUCGUCCGGUGAAAGAACGGAAGAAACACGAUCGCUUCAACGGAAUGAGCGAAGAGGAAGUCUCAAGACGAACGCUGCCGGAUCACCUCGCCGAGAACUUAGACAUCAUCAUUAUCGGCAUAAACCCUGGCUUAUUCGCCGCUUAUAAAGGCCAUCACUACGCGGGCCCCGGGAAUCACUUUUGGAAGUGCCUGUAUCUAUCCGGCCUCACGAGGGAACAGAUGAGCGCCGAUGAAGAUUAUAAGUUGUUGAACUUCGGCAUUGGGUUCACGAACAUGGUGCCGAGGCCGACGAAGGGCUCGGCGGACCUCACCCGGCGCGAGAUCAAGGAGGGCUCGGCCGUGCUGCUGGAGAAGCUGCAAACGUUCAGACCUAAAGUGGCCGUGUUCAACGGGAAGUUGAUCUACGAAGUGUUCUCCGGGAAGAAGGACUUCUGUUUCGGGAAACAGCCAGACACAAUAGCCGGGACUAAUACUUACAUGUGGGUGAUGCCGUCGUCGUCGGCGCGCUGUGCGCAGCUGCCCCGCGCCGCCGACAAGGUCCCGUUCUACGCCGCCCUCAAGAAGUUCAGGGACUACCUCAACGGCCUAGUGGCGCACGUCGACGAAUCGGAACUAGUGUUCCCGGACACGACCAGCCGGCGGCCGCAAGAGGAGAUGGAGAUACGCAGAUUAACAAUGGAACCAGAGCCGGGAGACACGAUAAUACUGGAGGACGGCACUGAAGUACCGUUGAAGAAGAAACGUGGACGCCCGAAGAAAGUCAAACUGGAGAACGGGGAAACCGCUCCUCCUAUACCCAGGGCUCCCAGACAACCCAGACCCCCGCCCGUAUUGGACCCUAACGGAGAACAGCCUCCGAAGAAGAAGAGGGGCAGACCGAAGAAGAUCAGACCAGAGGAACAACAGUUUCUGCUUCAGCAACAACAACAGCAGCAACAGCAACAGGAAGCCCAGACUAUACACAGUAAUGUUUGUGCACAGCAAUCGAAUCCGAGUCAAUUGUUACAAACCCCGCUGCCCUCGAUGCAGCCGCUACCUCACGAGCAGUACUCCAUGGGCGACUUCCCGCAGCAGAUGUCGCAGCUGUACCAGCAGCAGCUGGCCGACAACUCCUCGGGGUACUUCCAGCCACAAGGACAGCAAGCGCAGCCGGCAUCAGGCAUGGAUUCGCCGCUGGACGUGACGGGCACGCUGGCGGGCAUCGGGCGCGGCUACUCGUCCCCGGGGGGCAGCGCGUCCGGCGCCGGCUACUGCGCCUCGCCGCGCGCCGUGUACGCGUCGCCCGUGUCGCAGUCUCAGGGCUACAGCGAGGGCGGGUCGGUGUUCCCGGGCUCGCCGGGCGGGUAUUCCCCGGCGUCGCGCGCGGCGUUCACGGCGCGCUCGCCGCUGUACGCGCACAGCCCCGCCCACCAACCCUACCUGCCGCAUCAAGGACAGCAGCCGAGUCCGGUGCCGCAGUCCCGCUUCUCCCAGUCGCCGCACCCGCACCACCCGCACCCCUACUCGCGCUCGCCCGCGCCGCAGAACCAGUCCCGGCCGUACUCCCGUUCCCCAGCGCCGUCAGGGGGCGGCGUGGUGGGGGGCGGGACCACCCCGUUCCCCGCGGCGUCCCCCGCGGGAGGCUACACGCCGUCCCCGGCGCACACACCCUACAGCCACCACUCGUCGCCGGCUCCACCCUCGAGGACGCCCACUUACAAUGACACACACCAUUUCGCGCAUCAGAGCGGCGGUUCGAGCGGGAGCGGCGCGUUCGGCGGCGAGCUGUCGAGCGAGAUCGGCGCCGCCAUCUCGUCGCCGGGGCCCGUGUCCCCCGGGAUGGCGGCGCUGGACUUCGAGCCGCCCGCCGCCAGCCCCCCGCCCGAGCACAGCGACGACUCGCUCACCGACUACAACAAGCAGACGUCCGCGGGCAGCGACAUGUCCCCGGCGGCCGUGAGCUCGGCGGCGUACGGCGGAGCGCUCUACGACGGCGAGCAGAGGCUGCAGUACCCGCACGGCCUCACGCACAGCCCCGCGUCGCAGGACAAGCAGGAACACUACCACUACGGACAGGACCAAGGGAGUGGUGUUUCUGAAAGUCCACGAUUAGACCAGAUGCAUCAGCAUCAAUCGAUGUACCCAAGCAAUUUUAAUAGAUCAACUCCUCCCGGGGGAGGGGGUGAAGGCUCAUUUUCUCCCUUGUCGAGCGCGGCGUUCCGGCCACCAGAACAUCCGCACACACCUCACACGCCUCACACUCCACAUACACCUCUACAUCAUCAACCCGGUUCACCGAGCGAUUACAGCGGAACCGUCAAACCGAAAUCACAAGACGUUGCCUCCAAGUCGUUAUCGGGCUUAGAGUCUUUAGUAGACCAGAUUCCGUCAAUAGCGGAAGGACCGGGCGCGGCGGCGGGUGUGGCGGGCGCGGGAGGCGGCCCCCCCGGCGCGGUGGUGGGCUCGGGGGAACAACCCGCCCCAGCACCUGUCCCCUCGCUGCCUGAAUACGCCCCUGCUCUGUACGGUCCCUAUGGAGCGUACGGUAGUGCCGCUUACGGAAAUAACGGAUACGGCGGUCCGUUCGUGGGAUACGGCGGCGGGUGGGGCGCGGCGGUGAUGCGUCCGGCGCCCGGAUACCUGUCCGACUGGCAGUACCCGUACUCCGCGCCCGCCUACCCUUACAACGCGCCCUACUACGGCCCGCCGCCCGCCCACCAUCAACAGGCACAUUACUUAUCAGCGCCGCAGCUGAUCGAUCUCCACAAAAACGGCGAACACUCUGCCGGGGUGCCGGCCGUGCCCUCCGUGCCCUCGGUGGGCUUCGGCGGCUUCUGUUAGUGACCCGCUGUGUAAAUACUCGAAUUCUGAGGUACGACACUUAAAAACUAUGUGACCGAUCGACAGUUUUGUGGAAGACUAUUCGUGAUUGAAUCUCAGUGGCCCCGAAGAUCAUUAUCGAUGUAUCGAUAAAAUGGACUGUUUUUGUGAUUCUCAAAUAUCGAUAAAAUAUCGAUUUUUGCGGAUCACAAAUAUCGAUAUCGUCGUACGUUGGUCGAUCGGGGUUUUGUAAGAACAUCGCGCGGAGGUGAGCGCAGUCUCGAUAUUAGUUUAAGUAGCGAAAUUGGACUGAUGUAUCAAUUCGAAUUGCGGUUUUUUAUCGAAUUAAAAACAGUUUUUGUAAAGCAAUCGUUAGUGAUGUAAUUUUAAUCUUUUUCAAAUCGAUGAGCUUAAUUUAUAGGUGGUUUAUUUGUAAAUAUUGUAUGUAUUUUUGUUUCAGUCCAUCACAUGUGUGUGUUUUUUAUUAUUUGUUUAACUAAUCGCUAGCUGCAUCACACGUUUUGUUCGCGAUUCUUUGGUCUCUAGUUUAUAUGUGAAAAUAUUGAAAAUUUCGUACAUCGAUAUGGUUACAAUAAAUUUGAAAUAUUAGAUACCUUUAGACUUGUGUUACUACAAUCAUAAGGAAAAAUAUUUUGACAUAAUAACGGAGAUCGGUUUUUUUUUAUUAUUUUAAAUAUCGAUUAUUUUUUACGAUUUAAGAUGCGAUUUGUUUGGGAGUGUAGGUAGCGACGUUAAGUACUUAAUUAUAAUAUUCGGAACGUCUGUGAUUUCCGGCAAUGCCUACUGAAUUAUGGCCAUUCACGAUUGCCAUAACCGGAAUAUUGUGUUCGUUUUGUUAGGUAGGUCUCGCAUUAAUGCAAUCGAAACUAAUAUACGAAUUAUAAAUCGGCGUUAAAAAUAAAAUUAAUGAUCUUUGUGUGGAUCUACGGUGGUAAUAAGGUGGUUUCUCUUGGAGUUUCACCGGAAUUUUUUUUUAAUUGUAAUACGAAGUCUUGCCAAUGAUGUGUUUCGCUCUAGUCACUUUCUAAUUUGUGUCGGCUAGUCAAAUUGAUAACGUACACGCCGCUCCAACACUCCCGAAGCAAAUUACGCUAUUUACUAGUUAUAUAUUUCGUGAAUUUUAAAAUCAUAAAUUUUCAUCUAAGUCACAAGAACGGCCUAUGAAAUGUAUGUAAAUGUAUACUUUGUAUCGUAUAGAUUAUUAUUAUUUUUUUUAGUUAAAAAUGUUUUGUGACGCCUAUUUAUAGUGAGCAUUUUGAUUAUUGUAUUUUGUUUUUUACACUGUCGCAACGCGGCGGCCAUUUUGUUGACGCGGUCAUUGAACUUUCAUAUUGCAUAAUAUCGCCUGAAAUAAAAUUAUGAAGGUGAGACAACGUCUAAAUGUCGUUAGUUAAAGUACAAUUUAUCAUUUCGCCAUAUAAUUAACACCUUGAGUAUUUUUUUUAAAGCGUAAUGGGAGUGAACACUACAGCAUGUUGAGAGUAAACAGUAUUGUCACUAAAAACAAGAAAGAUGAUUCGAUAAAAAAAACACUAAAAUGUAAGAUUAUAAUAAUCACCUUAUAUCGUUUUUCUUAAUCAGAGAACUCAUCUUGUGUCGUGAAUAUAGUGUGACGUUACUUAAGCCACAGACACAGCACACUAAAUUUCUCGCCGGAUCUUCUCAGUGGGUCGCGUUUCCGAUCCGGUGGUAGAUUCUGCGAAGCACUGCACUUGCUAGGGCCAGUGUUAGCAACAUUCCCGGUUUGAGCCCCGUGAGCUCAUCUACACUUCAAGAAGCUGAAAUAGCCUCUCAAGGCUAUCAGCAUAGGAAGGGAAUUAAAAAAAGUGACGUCAUCUGUUGCGAAGCAUAGGCUUGUCAGAAGCCACUACAUUCCUGUUACAAAACAAUGUGACAAUACUGUCGACUCUCAUAUGUUGUGGUCGGCCUGUCGCCAUUGCCGCGUGCCCCGCGCAUUUCACUAUCGUUAUCCGUCAGAUGCACUGGCCUUCCCGUCAGUGGCUAUAGGGUUUUUUUUACCAUUUAAACAUCAUGUGCCGUACACUUACAGUUUGUUAUUUCGAUGAGAGGUCGCGUGCAGAUGCAAUGCAAUGAUCAUUAUAUUCAAUUGAAGACACGAGUGGAUGUAGGAGACAAUUUGUUAAUUUUGAGAAAACGGGGAACAAACUUUUGUUCCUUAUUUUUGGUACUCAUCUUACUAAUAUGGAGAAUGAAAAUUUUAAAAAAAAUUAUAAGAAUAUUGUUUUAUUGAAAAAAUACGUUAAAUGCCCAUGUUACUUUCAUGCGACGUGAUAAUAUUUUUUCUGCGUACAUAACUCCCUCAUCACAUGCAACUUCUAAAAAUGGGCUUUAAACCCAGAGGCUUAAGAUAUAAUAUGCUUUCUAUGCACAUAAAACCUUCAUUCAAUGUAAAAACUCAAAAAUCUUAAAAACGGUACUUAACCCCUUCAUCCACUCAUCGUCUUCAAUUAUCAAUCUUUGUUAAUAAGUAUGAAAUGUGUUUAAUACAUAUAAGAGUGCGACGAUAGAUAAAUAGAUAUACGGUACCUGACGAUAAAUAUUGCACAUCGAACUUUGGAAAGAAACAAUCGGCUAACUUCGGUUUCGUAUCCCGUUAUCUCUGUCGCACGAAACACUAAGAGUGCGACUGCACAUUACCCCACUUCAACAACGACUGACACGUCAUAUAGGUAGUGUGCGACAGAGAUAACGCUCUACGAAGCCGAAAUUAGCCGAUUGUCUCUUUCCAAAAGUCGAUGUGCAAUAUUUAUCGUCGGGUACUGUAUGGUUUAUUCUUGUCCGUUAAAUAAUAACGAAAUUACCUAUAGAUAUACAUAUUUUUAAUUAAAGUAAAAAUUGCAUUUGCACAGCCCUUUCUGUGCUUAACCGUACAAUUAAUUAAUAAUAAUUUGUAACGCUGCAUAAUUUUCAAUUAGGGUGCUAAUUGGUUCGAUAUGUCUUUGGAUUUUUAGUGAAGAAACUAACUGUUUGUUGGAUAUUCUAGAUAUGUUUUUUCUGUGUUAUUUUGUGACUGUCAUUUACAUGUGUGACUGAUCAAUGUCAAGAAGGCGGAUCUAAGUAUUGUUUUCAAUUUAAAAAGAAUAUUAUUAAAAUGUCAUAAGUUGAAUCUAUUGCAUAGAUAGAAUAUACAAUUUUUUUUUAAAUUACAUUCGAUUAAAAAACUGCCUCGUCGUCGUCACAUUAUAACACAUCGUUUUAGUCCUAAACGAAUUGUUACUUCUUUUGUACUACAUUUUGAUGAUAAUCUUAAGCGUUUGGGUCGUGUACAGGUUAGUUGCGAGUUUAGAUCGUGUUUCGAAUGACGUUGGAUAUUGUGAGACUUAACAUAGUAACAAUACGGUCUGAGAUGAUUUAGUUUAGAUUAUAAGUGGAUUGACACUACGACCUACUUAGCUGAGAAGCGUUUAAUGGUUAGUGAUUUUGGUAUUAUAAUUAUAAAUUGAUUUAGUAUAUCACAAUAUGGGGAUUACAAUGUUAAGUCUCACAAGUGUGCUUGCGUUUUUUUUUUUAAACUUCUACAAAUGAGUCCUUCCGCAUACUCUAAAAAUAAGUGUCAGUGUGUUGGCGUAUUGUAAAAAAAAAAAUAGUCGUUAACAUCGGAGUGAAAAAAAAAAAUUGUACAAAUUUAACGUUAAAUCUUUUUCUUUGCACAAAAAUAAAAAUCUUAAUUGUAAGUUAAGAAUAAAAACGAAAUAACAUACGUAAUAAAGACAUAUACUUUAAUGAUAGGUAUAGACGGAUGAAUUUAUACGGUAGUGAGUCGAAACGCGGUGGUUACCCGGGACGCGUCGGUAGGAUCGGUCGGAUUGUGCUCAAUUGCGUCGAUUUAAUAUGCUUUUUUAAUGUCUCCGAAUGACGUAACGAGGUUUCGACUUUCGAACAGAGACUGGUUCUCUCCUGUGGAUGGUUGAGAAGAAAGUACCGAUAAAAUUUCGUAAUUUAAAAAAAAAAUUUAGGAAAAAGGUUCGUUCCUAUACAUAUUAUUUAAAUUAUGCAUGUGCUCUCUCUGAUACCUCGAAUUGUUGGCUUUAGAUGAUACUACACUGAUAUUUUUUAUCCUCGUUACGUGAUUCGAAUGCAUCUUCUAUAACUCUAUUUUAAGUUUUUUUUUUUUUUGUUUUUUUUUUUCAUUUUACAGAAGGGGAAAAUAAUUUUUAAAAUUUAAAUCAACAGGGUAUUUAAGAUUGCUUAAGAUUUUAUUUUAUAUUUAUUAUAAUUAUUAUUUAAAGGUGCGUGCUCGCUUAGCGCCAUUUUUAGUGUACGUUUGAGGUGUCGAUUGUGCUAUCUCUUUCAUUCCUAAUAUAUUAGAAGGAGAUAGCAGAAUGGCAUACAGAUUUUUUUCUAUAGUACGUUUAAUUUCGAAUAAACUGAUGCAUACAAAUCGUUUAUUUUGUCGCUAUUAACGCAAAAAGGUUACCUAUCUCAUUUAUUUACACACAAUUAUGACCAUACAUUGAAUAGAUUUGAAAAGUUACCAACAUUUUAUUAAUUAGUCCAAAGUGUGACUUGAGGCGACGGCUCCAUUAUAAGUUGUAUUGCUUAUGACGUAAAAACGAGUAUUGAUUGCCAUUUAUAAAAUUUGCAAAAAUGGUUUCAAUGAAAAUUCAGCUUCGCAUGGGUAAUUCGCCAAGACUAACCGGCUCUUGUGCGAUAUUUAAAUGCAAUUGAGAGUAAUAUUUAGUUUUUAUUACGACUAGUGGAAUAAAUCGUGUGAGACUAAGUACCGAAAAAAUACCUAGAUGCUUUAAUUAUUAUAUUUGUAUAUUUUUAUAUCCUGUAAAUUGUCAUAUCAACCAAUCAAAAUAGCUGUUGUUUCUUUUUUGUGGAACCUGUUGCCUCAAGUCCAUUCAGAGCUCAUAAAAUACAAAAAAAAAUACAGAAAGGCGAUUUGUGUGUGUCGCCCAAAAGAACGCUAUGAUAUUUCUUCAAAGGGUCUUAUUGAUGUCGGCUUCUUAACAUUUAAUUUUAGUGCUUUAUGCUUCAUACAAACUUUUCGUAUACCAUUUUUUUUAAUUUAUUUAAACAUAAUUGAAGAGUCUCCUUGUUUAUCGACCUUUUUUUUGAUAUCGUAUAAUUCUAAAGAAUAAUUCGAAAUAACUUUGAAUUUCAUCUCUUAUUUCAAUCGUAUUGGAUGUGCUUUGCAUUAUAGUUGACAUUGUUAAGGGGACUGUCGAUUGAGACGAAACAUGUCACUUUCAAUAUCUAUCAUCACUAAAGGCAUAAGGUCGAAAAUCCAAGAUCUCAAAUAUUCGAACCGAAAAUUUUAAUUUGUGUUUGGUUAGUAAUUAUAUUGAAUACAUUACAUAUUAUACUACAUUAUAACUUAUACCAUUGGUAUAUGUAUUCAAUGCGACUAUUAAUAAUAUAUUUCUAGAAUACGAUAUUUCUUUAAUAAUUAAUUAAAUAUUAUCUCGCCCUUGUGCCUUUAGUGUCGAGAUUUGGCAGUAAAUAUAACGUGUCACUGUUGUUCGUUGUGAUGUUGCAUUGCCUUAAUUUACGAUUUAUCUCAAUGCUUAGAGAAUUUAAAACAUUUAUAUCAUACCAUCGGCGUGCAUGCUUAGUUCAAUAUAUUUAUUUGAAAUUAACGGAGACGGUAUUAUAAUUAAAACAACCGAUAAGAAAUCGAAUGAUUUACUGUAAACAAAAGGAAAUUUAAGGGAACCGCUAUCGUGAAAAUAUUGCCAGGCAAAAACGAGUCUUAUGUUUUUACAAUUAAUUAUGUAAAUUCGCGAUGUUGGCGUAAUAAAAAAAAGCGAUUUUAAGCUGAACAAGUUUUUGUUUGAGUGAUUUAUAAACAAAAACACCAAUUCGCUGAAACAACUCGUUCGCCAUCUGACUUACGUUUAUAGUACUGUAUCAGCAGCCGCGCCUUAACUAUCAAUAAUAAUUCAAAAGCUUUCGCUCGAGAGAAUAAAUGAUGCGCUCAGACAAACAUAAAUCAUUCCUUAAAUACUAUGUUGUUAAUUUAAACCGUCUCCCGACUUUCACUCGAAUAUUAAACUCGGUUAUGCUGACCCUUAAAUAAUUUUACUUUCCCUCGAUUUUCACUCGGAUAUUAAAUAUGGUUAUGCUGACCCUUAAAUAAUUUUACUUUCCCUCGAUUUUCACUCGGAUAUUAAAUCUGGUUAUGCUGACCCUUAAAUAAUUUUACUUUCCUUCGAAUAAGGCUCGGAUAUUCCUGCGCGUUAAAAUGUGCAAUGUCGGAGAUUAGUGAUCGAAUUUUUUGUUAUGGUAUUAUCGGUAUUUUCAUUGUGUGUGUGUCAUUAUUGUUAUAUAGGGAUGGGAUCUACUAAUGUAGGACUGAAGGCUAGCGCUAGUAAGCUCAUUAAAGCUAAAUUAAAUCCUCGUUACUUGAAAUAUCAUAAUUCGAUGCUUGAAAGGCAAAAGUGACUAAGCGACAAUAACUGCUUUGUACAUAAAUGAUAGGCAAUAACCAUGUUCGAUGUGCAAAAAAAAUAUAUUUCUAGGUCUAUUAAAAUCAUUUCAAUCCUACAGCUACUAGCUAGAUUCUACUACGGCUAGAUUCGUUAAAAUACAUUUUUUUUUCAGGUAUUUCAACUUUAAAUUAGUCUACUGUAAAGUUCACACAUUGUCGCUUAGUCACGUUUGCCUUUCAAGCAUCGAUAUGUUAUUUAAAUUAUUUUCGAAUGCUUGUGAAUGACAAUAAGCAUCACUUAAUCGAUACAAGCACUUUCAAGCGCAAUUUCUGUUCUAGAUAGCAAGCGUUCGUACUUUCUGAAUUAAAUUAAGUCUGCCUUUUUUUCUUUUCUUCUCUCGGAACCGUUGUAAGAAAACGAACGAGCGAUUAACGACUUUCCUAUUGAGUGCAUUAAGGUAUGAUAUUAGCUGAUCGGAACGGAUUCGUGCUGGACUAACAUCUAGUUUUUAGUGACGGUCUUAUGAAUGUAAAUAUGACAAAGACGUGUUGCUACGAAUCAUUUAAAUCGUUUCAAUUAAAUCGUGGUUUUUUUUUUCCUUUAUAAACAAUAAUUUUCUACAAAAUAAAAACUGAUUCUUUUUGAGUUACCAUUUUCGCGUUUUGUCGUAUUUACGUUCAAAAUAUAACGCCUUUUAAAUGUAAGUGUCUAUCAACGAGUUAGUGUUAGUCUUUACACGUACGUGCGUAGCGUGCGUGCGCACACGCAGCUCGGAGGCGAGCGCGCACGCACGGUAUUUUAAAUAAUUUACGUGUCCCCUUUCGUUUUGCACGUGGAUUUGACAAGAAAUUUUUGUAUUGCUCUAUUUCAAGCUUAACGAUAAUAAUAAUAUAGAGAAUGACUUUUAACUUUGAAACAGAGUAAUUCUUUAAUUUCUAUUUUAAUAUUAAGGGCGCUUUGUCUAUAUGUCCACGUGGAAAAUCGAUCGUUUAGUUAGGGACUGUUGAAAUGAUCAAUUUUUAAUGAUAAAUUAACAAAAAAUUUUAAACAGACAAAUGACCCGUUCAUAAAUAAAAAUUUAUAGUAAUAUUAAUAUUUUCGAUUAAUGAAUAAUAUUGAAUUGUAUUUGUCACUAAGACUUGAUCGUCCAAACAGUUAUUUAGGGUUGACCAGUGUAUGCAUUGAGUCGCUCAACUAUUUGUACAGUAUGUAUAUUUUUGUAAAAUUCAAAUACUAACUUGCAGUGGCAAUAUUAAUGAAAUUUUAAAACUAAUAUUAUAAUAAUUACAAGUGUGUAGUCAAAUUUGUUGAUUUAUUUUUUACCGUUCACAUAUGAAUUAAUUAUCAAUUUUAUUAACAUUGAUUCCGUGUGUGUAAUGCAAAUUUAUUGAAUAAUUAAUAAAGAGGAUAUUUACACAUUUUUCUCAUACAUAAUGUUGUAGGUUUUAAUCAAAUAUUUAACUGCCUAACUAAUAUGUUACUGGUUUGUGCACAUUAUCAGUGACUAUGUAAGUUUGCACACAGAGUAACAUAUUAGUCUGGUAGAACAUAAUUGCACGAAUCACAAGCUCGCACUGAAUUCGAUAAUGGGCGAUUUGUACACGGAAUGCCUUUUAAUUCAACAUUAAAUAAUCCGAUAAAAAAAAAACAAUUAGGAGCCAUUCAUAAAUUACGUCACACGAAUUUCAGGACUUUUGUCACACUAUGUCACAUUUCGGUUAUACCCCCCCUCCCCAUCCACGUGUGACGUAAUUUACGGAUGACUCCUUCGCUCAAAUUAGAAAAGUAUGUUUUGAAUGAAGCAUCCUGUGAAAUGUUUUUUUUUAUUGUACGCAUUUAAUUGUGAAUUUCAAUUAGGAGGUUUUGGACGACUGUGUCUGAGUUUUGGUAACGCACAACGCUGCGUAUUGUGUUAUGAUAACGUUUUGCUGUAUGUUCAUUCGAAGCAUCCGUGGACUCUUCGCGCAUUGGUGUGCGUACUCAAGCUUUAAGCUCUAUGAAAACAGACUUAUUACGGCCCACGUGUACAAUAGAUUCGUCUUAUUAAGCGUCCCUCGUCGCUUGGUUGUGAUUUAAAGAGUCGCUUAAGGUCCCACACUCCGUCUCGAUGCGAACAAUUAUAGGUACGUGUUAACAGUAUUGUCGUGCCAAAUUUUAUUGGCAACGUUCUGUGUUAUCAGCUUUAUGCCUCUGUCACUGAUAUAACAAACUAGCGAGUCUCGUGCAAAAGUACAUGUAAAAUUUGUUUGAAACUACGCGCACGCCAUCUAUCGUACGUCGAUGGUGUUCUAUGCCGGAAUUUUACGUUGAAAAUCCAAGAAUAAUGUUGUAACUCAAUCGGAUAAGCAAGACAUAAGCGCACAGUAUAGACCUUGAUGAUUGUUUUUCGCAAUUCAAUUUGUUUCUACUAAUAAUUAUGGCAUUGUGUUUAUUAAAUCAGGUGCUUAGUUGUUCUAUAUUUUUAAAAAAACGUGCGUACAAUAAAUGUCAGGUGUCUUGAUUUUUGUAAAGUCAAUGUCAAUUAAUGAAGACUCCAGUCCUAUAGAUUUCAGUUUUAGUGAUAAUAAUUAAUAAAUACAAAUCGAAUUGUAACUAAUGAUUUACUAGCCGUUUCCCGUGGCUUUGCGCGCCUCAUCAAGAAACAAUGUCAAUUAUUUCCAAUGAUAAUGAUACAGUUUCUCGUGGGAAUGAAAUUUUUUUUCAGGAUCAGUGUUAGCCUAUGUCACGCUACUGAACCAAACAAAACCCACUUUUAAAAAAAAAAACAUGUCAAUAUAUUGUUUCGUUUCACGGUGAUAGAAGGACAAACAUAUCCACUUUCACAUAAUAUAGUAUGGAAGUACUAUAAUAUAGUUACAAAAUCGAUUGAUUGAGUGGUUCAAUUUGGUUCAAUCCGGUAAGCAGCGGCUUGGCUCUGCCCCUGGCAUUGCUGAAGUCCAUGGGCGACGGUAACCACUCACAAUCAGGUGGGCCGUAUGCUCGUCUGCCUACAAGGGCUACAAAAAAAAAAACUACACGGCUGUAGUUGCAAUCAUGUUCUUGCGAUUAACAUUCAAUCCGCGUAUUGGAUUGUACGUAAUUUGAUAAUCGGUCGACAGAGGCAUAUUGAUGAGGACAAUUAGAAUUCAUGCCCAGAGAUUUGAAGCAAUAUCAUUGUCGUCUCUCGUAACAGAAGCAAUAAUAAUUAGUUCGGCGGGAUAGCCUUUGUCGGACUUUCGGGCUUUGAAAACAUUAGAUGGAAAUUUUUUAAUCUCGUGUAUUAUUGUGAUAAUAUUUAGUGUUUAGUUUGUUUUGGUGUCGAAAUUUCUUAUUGAAUAAUAAAAUCGUGAAUUUCACCGAACAUUUUACAUCUACAUAGUAAUAAAAAUAAAAACUUCAGAGGUGUCAAGGGAUACCCGGAUGGAACGAAGUUCCUUUCGAUUAAUUAGUGAAGGAAUUGUAUUUUUUUUUUAAAGUUAUAAUAAUAAAUUACGGCAUUAUGAAGAAGAAAAAAACAAUACUAUGAACUAAAUUACUAUUGUUGAAACGCUAUCUCGGGAAACUGUACUCAUUACGCGGACCAAUCGGAUACGAGCAAUGUCACGCGAUAAGCGCCUAUACGUUGAUUGGUCAGAAUGACGGAUCUAAAAAGUGUCGUGACAACUUUUCGUAAGAAUUUUUUCCGUCUAGCCCCCUUUCACAACGCGCGAUAAGGAACUUCGUUCCAAUAUAACAGUUUUUGUCUUCGAGAAAUCUCAUAAGUAAAAGAGCCGUUAAUAUUGUGGUUGGUGUUUUUUAAAAUCAAAACCAAUGUGAAGCGACGGAGUUUGAAUUUAGCUCAAUUUUAUUGAUAUGUACUUAUUACAUUAUUUUUAUUUACUAUAAAAAAAUAACUGUAUUUGCCUAUUUAUAGCCGUUUUAAUUGUUGUUCCCUUGGCUAGUGUGAAUGUGAUGUGUUUAUGUUACGUCGAAUAAUAUGUGUUGUUGAAAAUUAUGAGAAAUACGUCCAAGUAAUGUAUGAGUUUUCUCCCGGUCUGUAUCAAUUUAGCGUACAUUACGGUAGUACUUAUUUGUCUAGCCAAGGGUGAUUUCGUGCACUCAAACGACUCGCAUUUUCGAAUCACGGUGCUUAUUUCUAUAGUGGCGACUCGGCGUUGAAGUAAUAUUGAGAUUGUUCUCCGUUGGAAUAACUGUCUUUAGAUACAUUAAGUUAUUCUUUCAUAAGGAAUUGUUCUGCUUUAUUAGGUGCAAAGGUGAUUUUGUUUUUUUUUUUUUUUUCUCUUUGUACGGAACAGAAAUGGUCAAUUUAAACUAGAACCGCGUCGCCACUAACGCGUUACUAAAGUACAAUUUACAUUAAUGAUAUGUAUUAUGGGUUUGUAAAGUAUUGUCACUGUUGAGCGAUGUCGCAUGUUCUAAAUAUCGUUUCAAUGUCCGUUAAUGAACUACGCUAGCGGUAAAACACUAAUGUUUGUACAGUUUUUAACUAUACUUCUCAUAGCAAUAAGCAAGAAAAUAUUUUUUAGGUAAAUUAAGAUCUAAUCGAAUUAAAAUAAUAAUAUGUAAAAUAAUGAAAAAGUAAUAAACUUUCUGGAGUAAUAAUUUCAUUUGAAACAUGAAUUUCAUUUCAUUCGAAUAACUUUAUGAGGUCCUAUUGUGAAAGAAAUAAAACCCAUUUUAAAAUAAAUAAUCGGAAAACGACUCUGGAUUGUAAUUAGAAUUAAACAGGAAGAAUUUUUAAUUAUUGAAGUACAUCAUAGUGUAAUGUUUAAGUAAUGUAUUAUAAUUAAUAAAUUUAAGGUAAAAAGUUAUUAUUAACAUUGUAUGGAAAAAUUGUGACAAAAUUAUAGUCAUUUGUAAUAUUAGAA